ACCCGGAAGCCGGAAGCUGUUGGAUGGUUGCUUGCUUGCUUGCUUGUGGCUUGUGGUGUUGUUGCUUGAUAGUGCUUGUCCGGUUGGGUGCAGUAAUUGAUCCGUUAAAAGAAAAGUAAAGUCCAGCCCGAUGUGGAGUUGGCGGUGAGUGGUUGUGAAAAUAAAGGUAGAGACGGGGAGCGUUUAUAGUACAAAAUUACCUCCGGCUAGGUCAAACACGUGGAUCACAUAUCAGCAUGUUGUGCGGCAAAAUGACUGCACGUUACGCAUGGUGCAGUGGAUGAUUUUUGGAUAUUUUUGGGAAAGAUACUGGCAUUCAAAAAACGCACGCAUUCAAACAUGUUACAUCGUGGUUGGUGAUGAUAGUUGAGAUCUAAACGUUCUCUUCUCUGGUAGAAGAGACAGAGUGGACCAUUCAAAAGUAUUCGUUGUGAAAGUCGGAAGUAUAGUGGGUUUGUGUGGUGUAGUAGUUCCGAUAUCUGUUAGAGAGACGGUGCGCCACUGCGGUAACCAAGCUGGAUGUUCGAGCUAGAUGAUCCACGGGAGAAGCUGAGAUUGCUGGAAACGCCAGUGAAGAGCACGGACAAGUCGUCAGAUUCCAUCGACGGGGACGCGCUGAAGGAGCUGAACGGUGGAGCGGAAAACGGUGUCGGCGGUGACAGCGAGGGAACCGCCCUGGCGAUGACCACCAUCGGUCAGAUCAAGGCGAAGGGCCGGUCGGGACUGUUGCCGCGGAACGGUGCCGGCGAACCGGACGAUGGCGAGCAGCGUGAAACCUGGAGCGGGAAGGUUGACUUCCUGCUGUCGGUCAUCGGGUUUGCCGUCGAUCUGGCCAAUGUGUGGCGUUUCCCGUACCUCUGCUACAAGAACGGUGGUGGUGCAUUCCUGGUACCGUACGGGAUUAUGUUGCUGGUUGGUGGCAUUCCACUGUUCUACAUGGAACUGGCGCUCGGUCAGUUCAAUCGGAAGGGAGCCAUCACCUGCUGGGGUCGGUUGGUGCCACUGUUCAAGGGCAUCGGGUACGCGGUCGUACUGAUUGCGUUCUACGUCGAUUUCUAUUACAACGUGAUCAUCGCAUGGUCGUUGCGAUUCUUCUUCGCCUCCUUCACCGAUAGUCUCCCGUGGACGCACUGCUCCAACCCUUGGAACACGGCCGAGUGUAAACCGUUCGGGUUCACUAACAGUUCAACGGUGGUUAAUCGAACGGGAGCUUUGGCGACAAACGUCACGGCCACAGUCACUACCACCAUUAACGACACGAAGUUCGCAUCGGCUGCCUCGGAGUAUUUUAAUCGCUAUAUCUUGGAGCUGGACAAGAGCGAGGGCAUACACGAUCUCGGUGCCAUCAAGUGGGAUAUGGCGCUCUGUCUGUUGGCCGUCUAUCUCAUCUGCUACUUUUCGCUCUGGAAAGGCAUCAGUACAUCCGGGAAGGUGGUCUGGUUCACGGCACUGUUCCCGUACGCCGUGCUGCUGAUUCUGCUCGUCCGUGGUAUCACACUGCCCGGUUCGGCUGAAGGUAUUCUCUAUUAUUUGCGACCUAACUUUGACGUCAUCUACAAUGCGGAGGUAUGGGUCGAUGCUGCUACACAGGUGUUCUUCUCCUUGGGACCCGGUUUUGGAGUGCUACUUGCGUACGCUUCCUACAACAAGUACCACAACAAUGUAUACAAAGACGCCCUGCUGACCAGCUUGAUCAACUCGGCUACUAGCUUUGUUGCGGGAUUCGUAAUUUUCUCCGUGCUUGGCUACAUGGCACACGCCAGCGGACAGAGCAUCAAGGAUGUGGCUACCGAGGGACCAGGCUUGGUGUUUGUGGUGUAUCCGGCAGCGAUCGCUACCAUGCCCGGUAGUAUCUUUUGGGCACUGAUUUUCUUCAUGAUGUUGCUAACACUCGGACUAGAUAGCUCGUUCGGAGGAUCAGAGGCGAUCAUCACGGCACUAAGUGACGAGUUCCCGAAGAUAGGACGUAAUCGAGAGAUUUUUGUGGCGAUUCUAUUUUCGCUAUACUUUGUCGUUGGUUUGGCGAGCUGUACGCAGGGAGGAUUCUACUUCUUCCAACUGCUCGAUCGUUACGCGGCCGGUUACUCUAUACUUAUAGCAGUCUUCUUCGAAGCCAUCGCUGUAUCCUGGAUUUAUGGGACGGAACGGUUCUGUAACGACAUUAAGGACAUGAUUGGCUUUGCUCCCGGUAUCUAUUGGCGUGUUUGCUGGAAGUUUGUCGCACCACUGUUCCUGCUGUUUAUCAUCAUAUACGGACUGAUCGGACACGAGCCGCUCAGCUACGAGGAUUACGUGUAUCCAUCGUGGGCAAACGUGCUCGGAUGGUGUAUAGCGGGCUCGUCGAUGAUCAUGAUCCCGCUGAUGGCUAGCUAUAAGCUUAUUGUCACACCGGGAAGCUUCCGGCAGCGCAUGAAGACGCUGACCACUCCCUGGCGCGAUCAGCAGUUAGCCGUCAAUGGAGUAUCGAUCGAACCGGCACAGGUUCGCUUGACGCACUCCGACGAAGGUGAAGAGGUUUGAGUGCGUACGCGAUUCUACGGUCCGCGUUUCAAUAUAUACUUCGUGUGAGACCCGUGUGAGGCGCUCCUACCUCGUACUCCGUACUCUGUAACCCGUUGUUUCCAACGUGUGUGGGCUAUAAUUUUCAUUUUGUCGUCGCUCCUAUCUGCCCUUCCAAACUCUGCUCUAGAUACUAAGUGUUAUCUGCCACUUGCAGAUCAUAGUGACCGUCGUCGCUGGUAGAUUUCCUGCUAGGAUAGAUCGAAUGUAUACUGAUGUAAUCCAGAUCCAGUUCGGUUAAUGGCAGUGAUCGCAACAUAUAGAGAUGCUGUAGCACAACCUCUCACGUUCUCUCCUUGCUGAGUGAAACACAUCUAAUGCUGUAUAGGAUAAUAUGAGGCACGAUAGUAAUCGAAACACGUACAGAUAUAGCUAGUGGGUAGUAAGACGAUUUACACCCGCAACCAAGAUUGCUGAACACUUGUACAUAAGCAGCAACUCUGAAACACACGUUGAAAUGCGGGACAAUUUUGCAGCCGACUUCGAGCAGGAUGGCCACCAGAGCCUCCAAAGGUCCAAACUGUAAAGAGACUUUACUCGGAGUCACUAUCCGUGAGCCGAUAGAAUUACUGAUACAACUAGCUUUUGCAAACAUGUGUAUAUCUGCUUCUUCAUGUAUGCAAACUAAUCUGCUAGACGUUUCCUUCUCCGUUUUGAUAAGUGUUAUGUUCCUGUAAAAAGAAGCUCCACACUCGAGUGGUGUGUAUUUUAAUAUUGUUUUGUUCUACAACAACAUAGUUCCAUGUUUCCAACAUAGUUCUUCUUAACCUGUUGCAGUCGAGAAAGCGGAAAGCAGCUAGCACAUUAUUGUUGAUAGAGUAAAAUGCAAACUGUAUAAUCAUCUUUAUAAAAAGUUACGUGAAUGAUAGAACAUUUAUCAGCGAUAUGAAGGACAGUACGUCCUAGAAUGCGAAAAGGCGAAGAAAAGGGAGGCCAUAAAGCGACCUAAAACUCGAUACUGCUUCAUGCCAACAUACCUUUAUUGUCUGCACAUCGGCAAACAUAUGGAAAAACGAUCAGAUUCUCCAUCGUUAGCUACACCGUCCGGAAAGCUUUCAUUCGAGAGGAGCUUUCACACAGCCAUAAAGCUCACCUUGGAUGGUAGAUGGUUGAACUUUUGUUUUCCGCGUUUGCUACGCGAUGUCCUUGAAUGUUGGGAUGGAUUCUCCAAGGUAUUCUUCAGUAACGGAGUUUAGAAAGAGCUUAGACAAACAUCUUAGAAAUAAAAAGAUAAAGCUGCUUGGCGAGAUGCUAGAUAAGAUUAAAUAAUUGCACACCUGUUGAAAUGAACACAUUAAACAACAAAAAAACUACAAAAUAAUACAACAUUACUGUAAAAGACAUCGCCAACUGCAGAUUUGCUUUUUGCUGGAUAGCUUUUAACACGUAGAACCAUAGUCCCGCAAAAUGUUAGACAACCAUAUCAAAAACACCAACGACUUUUUUUCUGAGCUGAUCUGCCCGACCGGGCACGAGGUUAGUUUGUUGGUUCGUUUUGGCGCACGUCCCCCCAGACAGCCAUUGGGGAGACGUGCGGAAAAGUUGCCAACCGGGUACCGAGAUCGGGCAGUGGCACAGAAAAAUGUGUUCCCCAUUUUUUUCGUGUACAAUAAACAAAAACGGUGAAAAGAUCGAAAGAGGAAAGCAAACAGUCACAACGAACCGUACGGAGAGCGAGAACAUAAGAGGAAAACAAAAAAUCUAACAAAAUAGUAGCAUAAACAUGACGGGAUAAAAUCGAAUUUAGUAUUAGCAUUGUACUUCAAACAAUACCGAAUCGUUUCAGUUGAGAAUGCAGAUUAACAAUUCGCUGUGCAUGAGUGAAAUAGUUUAAGUGCGCGGGAAAAGUGUGAGUGAGAUCAAAUGGAAAAAAGGAAGAAAUGGAAAAUCGUUAUUUGCUUGCAUGUUACCGAACCAUUGUGCUACCAGGCAGAGGGACAUAAAUUUGAUCUGAAAUUAGUUAAUUUCCAUUUCAUUGUUUGUUGGUUUGUUUUUUCUCGUCUCUUUCCGCUUUCGAAUGUUCCCGCUGCGUAGUUGUGAGCUUUUAAAAUAUCCUUUCUGUGUGGCAUUACCAGUGCCGAACACGUUUGAUUCUAAUCAAUAAAUUUUUAUUUGACAGUUA